AGUUUUGGCCUGCUACCAACUUCCUCAUACAUGACACAAACCAGCCAGUUACAAUCUUUUGGGGAAACAACAGAGGGUAGGUGCUAUUCACUGAAAGUUCUCUGUAGUUGCAUUCGGCAUUGACUGAGAAGGAUCACUUUAAGCACGUGACCAGGGGCCUUCAGGAUGAACCCUCAGCAGGUGAUCGUAACCCAGCCACAAGUUGUGGUUGUCCAGCGACAGCAAAGCCAGUGGCAGACGGACAUCUGUGACUGCUUCAGCGACUGUGGUGUAUGUCUUUGUGGAUUUUUUUUCUAUCCAUGUUUGGGAUGUCAAGUGGCUUCAGAUAUGGGUGAAUGCUGCCUUUGUGGUACAUCUUGGGCGAUGAGGUCAGUUUACAGGACAAGAUAUGGGAUCCAGGGAUCCCUCUGUGGUGAUUUCUGUACUGCCCUCUGGUGCCCUGUUUGUUCCCUUUGCCAAAUCAAGAGGGACAUCAAUAGAAGGCGACAAUUGGGAAUCUUCUAGGAAGAUUUUUCUCUCAGAAAUGUCUGUCCUGGAAAUUUGAUGAAUCAUUAUCAGGAGUUGAAAUCUUAACUCAUAUUAAUAUGCCAUUAGCUGAUCACAAUGAAUGUGUUGACUGAAGAUUUGCCUUGCUAAGCAUAAUCUUGAACGCAGUAUACAUCACAGCUGUAUAGCACAGCACUUUUUUCUCAGUUGCUUGCAUUUGUAUAGUCCCAAAGCAAGAUUGUCAUUUAUUUGUAGCGUGCCUUUCAUCUAGCCCAGCCUCAAGAGCGUAAUAUUCACACUAAGAAUAUAAUUGUGUAGACAAAUCAUUCUCAUCACCACCCAAAUAUCUUAUAUGCAGAGUGAAAUCUGAAGCAGUAAUGCAAUAGUCUUUGUCACUGUAUUGGGCUAUGGAUAUUAAUUUAGCCCAAUAAAGAGUUUUGAGGAUCUUCUAAGCAUAAAAUCUAUUCAGACUGGCUAGGUAAAUGAAGUUUUUUUUUUCUUUAACCGGUCUCUCCUAAAAUCUGAUCAUUUUGUAUGAGUAAUAGCUACAUGUUUGAAUUUUACUAUCCGCUUUUGCCUGUUAUUCAAAGAUUUAAAUAAACUGUGGGCUCAUAAUGCA